AUGAAGUGGUUAGUGUUAGCAGGCUUUAUCGUGUACUUAGCGACGUAUAGUGAAGGCAGCGCGUUAAGGUGCAAACCAGGGACAAAGAAUGCUUGCCAAACAAAUGGAACAAUAAAAGAUGUAACAGAAACUCUCUACUCUAAAGUUAGAAGACAUAAUGAUACAAGGGAAGCUGUGUGUCUUGCCGGUAGCGAGUGGACAAGUAAAUGUCAAAGAUGUCGGUGUACAGACAAAGGUCAGCCAGAGUGUACGAAAUUGGAUGACUGUCAAAAUGAUGAACAUGGGGGACCCAUGAUCUGCAAACCGCUUACAGAAUUUUAUAGGGACUGCAAUGUAUGCAUAUGUCUGAAUAAUGGUCUAGACAUAAGCUGCACGCAACAAGAAUGCUCGACCAAAAAGGUUUUACCUGAUGGUAAAGAUUGUCAAGUGGGUUCACGUUGGCGGAGUAAAUGCAACGAAUGCUCGUGCGAGGAUGGGUUGCCCGCUUGCACGGAAAUGGCCUGUCCUGGAGGAGAGGAUGAGCCAGAACUAAUGUGCAAGCCCGGUACGGAGUGGAAGAUUGACUGUAACACUUGCACGUGUUUACCGAACGGUCGGGCGCUGUGUUCGAGGUUAGGCUGUGGUUUGCAUGACGCUUCAGAUUUCAAACCUGAUGAUGGCGUUGAUGACAAAUUAGAAAUGGAAAACGUGUUCUGGAAUGAUCAUAAUAGAGUUAAAAGAUCUCGUGUUUGUAAACCGAAUAACGUAUAUAAAGUAGAUUGCAAUUCUUGCAAAUGUGCUCCAGAUGCGCAGAGUUACACUUGUACUUUGAAUGAGUGUUUGGAAGAAGAGGAUAAAAAUGCCAACGCUGGGCGCAAUAUUAAUAAGGACGUUGAAGUUUUUAUGGAGAGUAAGGCCCCAGAUCACAUAGAGCGGAAUUCUGAGCAAGUGUGCAAGCCACGAGGGACUUUCCGCAUCAGAUGUAACAUUUGCCUGUGUACGGUCGACGGCACCGACUUCUCUUGCACUAACAAACCUUGUCCAUUACCUGCUGACGUUGAAAUAUUCCGUGAAUUGAAAGUCUUGAGGACAUCUCCAAUUAAAAAGACUGUAGUUUGUACAGCUAAUAGAAUGUUCAUCAAAGAUUGUAACACUUGCUGGUGUAAUGAAGACGGUACCAGCUAUUUUUGUACAAGACGAGUUUGCAGUGCAGAUGUAAUCGAAGAUAUAGAAGACAAGCCUGAGAACCUUCAAGAGAUUAAGCGUAAAUGUCGACCAGAUGAAGUUUUUGAAUUGGAAUGUAACAUGUGUCGAUGUGCCACAGAUGGGAUGUCGUUCUCUUGUACUCGUAGGGCUUGUAUUCCUGAAGAUGACGGAAAGAACGUGUCCUUAACCAGAAAAAUUCGAGCAACCUCGCAGGAGACGCUGAAGGCCUGCACACCGGGACAGGAGUUCAGGAUGGACUGCAACAUGUGUCUGUGUAACAACGAGGGGCAAGACUUUUCCUGCACGCGAAAUGAUUGCUCGGCUCAGAAUAAUAAUAGAAAUUCUGGAACUAGGGCUAAAAGAGAAGUCGCUACUCAAGUGAAAACUGAUUGUGAGCCGGGCAGCGUGUUCAGUCAGGGCUGCAACACGUGUCAAUGCACGGCAGAUGGAAACCACGCUACAUGUACUAUAAAACGCUGUAAAGUGGACAACCCUAAUGAAAACGAUAUUGAUCUAUCAGAAUCGGACCCAAGCUUCCGUUGCAACCCUGGAGAGCAAUUUAAGAAAGGGUGCAACGACUGCACUUGUUCAGCCGAUGGCAAAAGCGUGUUCUGCACUUUACGUCUCUGCGACCAAGACAUUACGCCGACAAUC